AUGAAGUCCACUGCAGCACUUGCUUUCCUCGCCGCCUUUGGCUGCGUAAGGGCUGCCGACGAUGGCACAAUUGGCUUCGGGCCUUACUUUUCUCUCGGGCCCACGGCCUCGUGGAUUCGCUCAGCCAAGACGACGCUGGUCUUGCCCAAAGUCCCAACUCCCGCGACCGACCGUCUCGCCCUUUGGCCAGGCAUGGGAACUAGUGGCAAUGAUCUCAUCCAGGCGCUCGCGGUCUCCUUCUCUGAUCCUAAGGCUAACUGCGGAGCUGUCGCGGGUCAGUGGUGCGUGUGGGCAAGCACGUUGCAGGAUGGGACUCAGCUUGGAGGAAAGCAAGUUCCGGCAAAUGCUGGUGACCAGAUCACAAUGAGCUACGCGUACAAUGAUGGUUCCGGCAAGUACGACCAGACAGUGUCUAUCAAUGGGAAGCAAGUCUCAACCUUGUCAACCUCUUCCGGCCAGGCGCAGGGUUGGGGAACGGCUGUCGAGUGUCAAGCACACGCAUGCGACAGCGCCGUCGCAGCGCAUAAGUACUCCGAUACCACAAUCACGUUGAAUGCGGCGGACACCACUUUUGCUAAGACGUUGGCCCUGAAUGAGGCAACUUCCACCGGUCUCAAGACGUCCGACAACAAGGUUUUCACCGUUACAACUAUAAAUAUCGGUGCCCACACAUUCAACCUUUGA